AUGGGCGGCAAUGCUCAGAGUCUCAGAGCUACACAAGUUAAUUCCGGAACGAUAGUGAUGCAAACAUUAUAUCUUGCAGUUUGGGAAAGACCGAUGGAGGAGUACCUCAAGGAUUACAGAGAAGGGUCAUUAGGAGCCAAAGACUCAAGAGUUGCAGUUGUUACUGGUUCGAACAAAGGCAUUGGAUUUGAGAUUUGCAGGCAACUUGCUAAGACAGGGAUGACUGUGAUUCUAACAGCGAGAGAUGAGAAGAAGGGUCUUGAAGCUGUCGAGAAGCUCAAGAGAGAGAAUGGUUUUUCUGAUCAAGCCAUCGCCUUUCACCUUCUCGAUGUCUCCAAUCCAGACAGCAUCGCUUCUCUCGCUGGUUUUGUUAAGACCCACUUGGGUAAACUCGAUAUCCUGGUUAAUAAUGCCGGAGUUGGAGGGGCAGAUGUUAAAGUCGACGUUCUCAAAGCUCAGAUCGCGGAGGCUGGUGCACCUACGGAUAUCUCAAAGAUAAUGAGCGAUACAUAUGAGAUAGUCGAGGAGUGUAUAAAGACAAACUACUACGGGGUAAAGCGAAUGUGCGAGGCCAUGAUCCCUCUCCUUCAAUCUUCUGAUUCCCCAAGAAUCGUCAGCAUUGCUUCCACCAUGGGGAAGUUAGAGAAUGUGUCAAACGAAUGGGCAAAAGGAGUGCUGAGUGAUGCUGAGAAUCUAACGGAAGAGAGAAUAGAUGAAGUGAUGGAGGAGUACCUCAAGGAUUACAGAGAAGGGUCACUAGAAGCCAAAGGUUGGCCAACAGUAAUGUCUGGAUACAUACUAUCAAAAGCUGGAGUGAUAGCAUUGACCAGAGUGUUGGCUAAGCAAAACAAAUCAUUCAUCAUCAAUAGUGUUUGUCCUGGUUUCGUUAACACCGAUAUCAAUUUCAACACUGGGAUUCUCACGGUUGAAGAAGGUGCUGCGAGUCCACUGAAACUGGCUUUGGUCCCUGAUGGACACCCAUCUGGUCUUUUCUUUGAUCGCACUCAUGUCUCCAACUUCUGA